AUCAGUGUAACGUCUGGAGCAGUGAAGAGAGCAGAUAUGGCUGAAAGCGAUUGGGACACCGUAACCGUCCUGAGGAAGAAGGGCCCGACUGCUGCGCAGGCCAAAUCCAAGCAGGCAAUUAUUGCAGCUCAGAGAAAAGGGGACGAGGUGGAGACUUCCAAAAAAUGGUCAGCGGGACAGAAUAAGCAGCACACAAUAACCAAGAACACAGCCAAGCUGGACAGAGAAACCGAGGAACUGCACCACGACCGAGUGCCACUAGAAGUGGGCAAAGUCAUCCAACAAGGCAGACAGUCUAAAGGCCUAACUCAGAAGGACCUGGCCACUAGAAUUAAUGAGAAGCCACAAGUAAUUGCAGAUUAUGAGUGCGGCAAAGCAAUUCCAAGCAACCAAGUCAUGGGGAAGAUUGAGAGAGCGAUCGGCCUCAAGCUACGUGGGAGGGACAUUGGGAAGCCUCUGGAACCUUUGAAAUGAAAACAAAGCAUG